AUGACCUCGGCCGGAAAGACGCUGGUCCAGUUUCUACCACGUUUGGUGGCAAAGCAAAAGUUCGCCGUCAUUGAUGAUUUACUUGAGUAUCAACAGACCAGAUUCUUGCACACUAGCUGUAGCCAUGACGGGGCUCCGAAAGGAACAGUUGAACCAUCAUCACGGAUGAUUGACAACAUCAACAGCUUCCAUCUCUGGCUUUUUGAGGCGAUAGAAAUCAAGCCGGCUACCACUGCCUUUGCGAAUUUGACGUAUUUCACUAUAUGGCACCCAUAUUCAAGAUGGGAUCCAAAACAGGUGCUUCUGAGCUUUACCAUGUCGGUCGUUCAAGCACGAUUCUCCAGAGCGUUGUCUUCUCAACGCAAGCACCAUAAGUCGACUCCUCUUCUAAUUGAGGAUGGCAAUUCAUGCACCAAGUAUGAUCAUUCGUCUGUCAGGCUCCGCGUUCGACGUACUUCGGAGGGUCCCGGCGUUGAACAUCGUAUGCCUCCCUUAGAGACAUUGCAGAACAUGGUCUGCGAAUUCUCGCACACACCCAGCCCGCAAAGAAACCUGUUCUAUCUUCCUGAUCCAAGUGAGCCCAUAGCGAACAAUCACUGCAGCGCUUCAAUGCGAUUCAGCUUGGAUAAUCUGGACACAUGGGCUCUCGCUGGAGAGUCUUCAUCACGCUGCUACGUACCAGCUAUAUUCAGCAAUUCAAUACCACCGCCACCGACUCGGCACUCAAUCAUCUGCUAUCAAUUCCGCCUCUCUGUGUCACAACCACCUAAAACGGGCAGAGCAUACAUUCGCUUGGGACAAGAAGACGUUGGUCAAUCUUACCUACCAGCUGUCCCAACCAACCAGGGAGAAUCUCCGCAAAAGGUAGCGCACGUCUUUACUGUUCAGGCAUUGCCUUUGCUGCUUUGCCUUUUGCCCUUGGGCCUUGAGCUUACCCGAUCAUUAUUGCAGAGAAGUCAACAGGCCAUCGACGAAGCAAGAACCCCCGAGAUCUCUUCGGGAGAGACUAGACACAUUUUCUACUCUUCAACACGGACAAUAAUCCCUAGCAACAUCAACAAGAACCACAUUAGUCUCCGAGCCAAAUUGAUUCUACCACCAGAAGACAUCGCCGAAUUCAUUUUCCAAAAAUGUGCACCUACCAGUACAGUCAAUAUUGGUGCAGAAAUGAGAAAUGCGAGAACGAGAGUGGAAGUCAUCGGCAUCUACAUACGAAAGUCGAAUGCGCGGCUAGCAAAGCAGCAAUUAGGGGCUGGUCGCUUUCGGCAGGCAUAUGAAUCUAUACAGCAGGGCAAUGAAGAUGAAUAUGGUCGAGAACGAUGGGCAAGGAAGUUCAUAGGCAGCCCAGCGACGGAUGCCAAUGUUAAGCAACGGGUAGCUCUUCGUGACUGA